AGCAAGUGGUCACUCAAAAGUUCAAAACCAACACAUGGAAGCUGCAGUCGUGCACCAAUCGCACAGAUGCACCCUCUCCAAAUCCCCAUGCCUCCACCACCACCUCCACCACCAUCAUCAUCACCACCACCUUCACCACCACCACCACCACCACCACCACCACUGUGCUCUUCACUGUCACCCCCAUUUGUGCCCUAGUUUUCCUUCUCCUAUUCCUUCUCAAAACCUACAACCUCUUGCUUCUCUUACUUCCCCCAAAGAUGUCAAUCCUUCUGUUUCUCAGGAACCUUCUAAUUCUAAUGCUCUGAUAUUGCAAGAGCAGAAGCAUGAGGGAUUAGAAGAGGAAGACGAUGAAGAGCCUGUUUUUGUUCUCACCGAUGAAUGGAUGGAGUUCUUUGCAAAAUCUGAAGCUAAAAGGAAAUUAGAGAAGAAGCAGGCUAAGAAGAAGCGCAAAAGUUAAAUGGUCAGAGAAGUCACAACAUUACUAAAGCAUUCAAUCUUCAAGUGCCAAAGAUGGGAGGAAUUCCUUAUUGAGAUUCUGGUUUUGUAAAAGAGCUGCCUGAAACCUUUCUAAUCAAACACAUAUAAACUGAUGCAAGGUUCUCCUGCAGCUCAAAGAAUCAAUUUUGGUAUGCAUCAUCUUUCUUUAAAUUCAAUUAAGGCAUCUCUUUGCUUUUAUUGAGCUUGUAAAGGGUCUCUUCCUGGAAGAAACUUGUAUUUUUCCUUGAUCUUUUAUAGACGAUUGAAACCUGUAUACUUAGUAUAAUGUAUAAAUAGCAAUGAUAACUGAAAAGGACAAUUUUCACUUGAAAUUUUGAUGCCUCGAACUAUUUGAACUA